AACAUUCAUCACCGGCUUUUAUUUCAGGAUCCAAAGAAACCAUCUGCUCAUAUCGAGGCUGUUUACAAGAGAGAGGUCCUCUACCCAGCCAACACAGGUACUUCAGUUCACUGUUUUACUAGUUCACGGCAGGCUACUGCUUUUUUUAAUUUUGUAUUUUGUCUAGCGAGAAAUUCGAACGGAUAGUUUAUCCUCAUAAAGUUUCGAUGAUUUACAACACAGACCUCAGAAAAAAAAAUACAAUAACAAGUAAGUUUAGCUUCUUCGAGCAUCGAGGAAAGAGGAGGAUUUGAAUCAAGAGGAUUUGUAAUCAUCAAGGCUGAGUUUUUCAAAGAAGGAUUAAGUUAUGUACUUACGCUGAAGAUAAGAACUAUAGAUGCAACCGACGGUAAUUGAGGUAAGGGGUGGGGUUACAAGAAAAUUUUCGAAAAUUUCCCACGCAUGGUCACGCGCAUCUCCCAAACCACUUAGAGUGUAUGUUUAUACCUUGCUUCUUAGUGAUCAAGGACUGGUCGCUCAGUGCUCCGUACAGCCAUCUUGCAGGCGGUAUGAAGUACUACAACGGAAAACUGACGGUGCCUACCCCCGGACGGUAUUACAUCUACGCUCAAAUUUACUACCACAACAAUGGGAGGGUUUUUGUUAAUGUAAACAGCAAAGCCAUUACCAUGAUGCAACCGCCAAUAAGUGUUAAUCACCAUGGUAGCUUGUACGCUGGUGGGGUGUUCUACCUGAAAGCUGGUGAUGAAAUCACCUUGAGCAUCGACAGUUAUCCAAAUAACGUCGCCAAGAUAUACAUGGCCACCUACCACAGUUACUUUGGCGCAUUUCUGAUUUAA